AUGGCUGAGCUACAGAAAAGCUACCCAUGGACCAGGACGCCACUCGUGGCAUGUGGCCCAAUGCGCCUCAUAGCACUCUCCAAGCUUGCCUUCGAGGUCUCUAAUGCUGGCGGACUCGGCUUCAUUGGAGCCGGCAGUGACGCUUCCAUCCUCUCUGCCGAGCUGGAGAAGGUGAAGCAGCUUCAGACCAGCUCCUCAAAUUUUGGGAGCGAAACUUCUGCCCUACCUGUAGGCGUAGGUUUUCUGCUCUGGGCCGGUGACAAGCUUCUGGACGAUGCACUACCAUUACUGGAGAGUUAUAAGCCUGCUGCCAUCUGGCUCUUUGCGCCGACCGAGCCUCAGCAGCUUACGAAGUGGACCGAAGCGGUAAGGCGCGUGACGCAGAGCAAGACGAAGAUCUGGAUUCAAGUCGGGACCGUGAAGGAUGCGUUGGAGGCGACGAAACUGUGCCAGCCCGAAGUGCUCGUCGUUCAAGGCACGGAUGCUGGAGGUCACGGACUGGAGAAAUGCGCAGGCUUGAUCCCAUUACUGCCAGAGGUCGACGAUGCCGUGACUGCGCACUGCCGAGCCGAAGGCAUUGCUAAGCCCACCAUGAUCGCUGCCGGCGGCAUUAUGGACGGUCGGGGGGCCGCUGCCUCUCUGGCUUUGGGUGCCUCUGGCUUCGUGAUGGGUACGCGGUACCUAGCCUCGCCUGAAGCAGUGAUAGCCAAAGGUUAUCAACACGCCGUACUGAAAGCCGCAGACGGCGGUAUCAAUACCGCCCGCGGGAAACUGUACGAUACGCUGCGAGGUACCACGGACUGGCCGUUGCAUUAUGGUGGACGCGGCGUGCUUAACGAGAGCCAUCGCGAUGCCGAAAAAGGCAUGAGCGUUAAAGAGAACAAGCGGAGGUACGACGAAGCGCUUAAGCUUGGUGACGAUGGAUGGGGAGAGAACGCACGCUUGACUACGUAUGCUGGUACAGGUGUAGGAUUGGUGACGGAGAUCAAGAGUGCAGCUGCGAUUACCGAAGAGGUGAGAGGGGACGCUGUCAGUAUCUUGAAGCGCACGAGUAGCAAGCUAUGA